AUGGAGGUGGGCUCUGCACGUUUGCCCACGGCAGAGCGUAGGAGGAAUCUGGGUUGGUCGCAGGAGUGUUCAGGGGAGGUGUCUAGCGAUGUCUGUUAACACCACUACAGUAGAAAGUCCGGACCACGCCACUCAAGUGGAUUUACCGGAGGAAUACCAGUAUCUGGAAUGGGUUUUCUCUAAGACCCAGGCUACACGCCUGCCUCCUCAUAGCCCCAGGGACUGUGCCAUUGACCUGCUGUAUGACGCAGUCCUCCCGAGAGGACACGUCUAUCCCCUCUCCUACACGGAUACCAAGGCCAUGGAGACCUACGUACAGGAGAGCCUCCAGCAGGAUUUUAUCCGCCCCUCUACGUUACCAGCCUCCUCAAGCUUAUUUUUUGCUAAGAAGAAAGAUGGGGGACUGCGCCCUUGCAUUGCCACUGAACAAAGCCACUGUUAAGUUCAGCUAUCCUUUACCCCUCAUCCCGACCAUCAUCUAACAAAUGCACGGGGCGCAGUACUUCACGAAACUAGACUUGAGGAGCGCCUACAAUCUAGUGCGCAUUCGUGCAGGCGACGAAUGGAAAAUGGCCUUUUCCACGACGACGGGGCAUUACGAGUAUUUCGUAAUGCCCAUUGGCCUGUCUAAUGCUUCUUCAGUCUUCCAGGCCUUUAUUAACAAAGUGUUUCGGGACAUGCUGGGAUGGGGUGUAAUGGUUUAUAUAGACAAGAUUUUGGUCUAUUCUGCUGACUGAGCCCAGCAUGUCUCGUUAGUCAGGUCUGUGCUGGGAAGACUGUUGGAGCAUAAUUUCUAUGUUAAACAAGAUAAAUGUUUGUUUUUCCAGUGGUCCGUGUCCUUUUUGGGCUACCUCAUAUCCACGGAGGGAGUGUAGAUGGAGGAGCAAUGCGUCAGCACAGUCAGGUCAUGGCCCAUUCCCAACUCCGUGAAAGCAGUCCAGCAAUUCCUGGGGUUCGCCAACUAUUUCCGGAGGUUCAUCCAGGGCUUCAGCACGGUGGUCGCGCCUCUUACCUCCCUGCUGAGAGGAGGUCCCCAGCGGCUUUGUUGGACAACGGAGGCGGAGAGGGCGUUCGAGAUGCUGAAGGCACGCUUCACCACUGCUCUCAUGCUGGCACAUCCCGACCCCUCACCCUUUCAUCGUCGAGGUGGAUGCCUCCGAAGUAGGAAUUGGGGCAGUGCUGUCCCAGCGCACCGGAACCCUUCCAAAACUGCGGCCCUGCACCUUCUACUCCAAGCAGCUGAGCCCCACCCAGAGGAACUAAGACGUAGGGGACCGGGAACUCUUGGCGGUCAAGAAGGCUCUGAAGGCGAGGAGGGGUACAAACACCCUUUUCUGGUGUGGACGGACCACCGCAACCUGGAGUACAUCAGGGAAGCGAAGAGGCUAAACCCGAGACAGGCCAGGUGGGCUCUAUUCUUCGCCAGGUUCCAAUUCACACUUUCCUAUAGGCCCGAGGAACGUGAAGGCGGACGCCCUGUCUCGCCUCUAUGACGCAGAGGAGAGGCAGGGAGAGGAGACCCCCAUCGUCCCUCCGUUCCGUAUCAUCGCGCCAAUGGUGUGGGAUGUGGACGCUGACGUACUGCAGGCCCUGCGUACGGAACCCGCACCUGCACAGUGCCCGGAGAACCGUGCCCACAGGUGUGCGGGACCGCCUCCUUUCCUGGGCACACACGGCGCCUGUGUCGGGUCAUCCUGGGAUAGGCCGUACCAUCGCCUGCCUGACUGAGAAGUACUGGUGGCCCACCUUGGCUAGGGACGUCCGGGUUUACGUCUCUUCCUGCUCCAUCUGUGCCCAGUCUAAGACACCCAGACACCUCCCUUAUGGAAAGCUCCUUCCCCUGCCGGUUCCACAACGACCCUGGUCUCACCUCUCGGUGGACUUUGUCACUGACCUUCCCCCCUCCCAGGGGAACACCACCGUUCUCGUUGUUGUGGACCGGUUUUCCAAAGCUUGUCGCCUCCUUCCUCUGCCUGGGCUCCCGUCGGCCAUGCAAAGUGCGGAGGCUCUUUUUACACACGUCUUCCGGCACUACGGGAUCCCGGAGGACAUUGUGUCAGAAUGUGGUCCUCAGUUCACCUCACGCGUGUGGAAAGCGUUCAUGGAACACCUGGGUGUCACGUCAGUCUCACCUCCGAAUACCGUCCUCAAGCUAAUGGGAAGGUGGAGAGGGUCAAUCAGGAAGUGGGCAGGUUCCUGAGGUGUUACUGUCAGGACCGGCCGGGGGAGUGGGCGGAUUUUCUACCUUGGGCUGAGUACGCGCAGAAUUCACUCCGGGGGGUACUGUCCCGGAUCUCCCCGGUACUGUUGCUCAUUCCAUUCACCAGUUCCGGAGGCCUACGUCACCGGCUUUCUAGGCGUCACUGACAUGGAUCAUUACCACCAACCCUGGACUGUCUUGUCUCAUUACGCACACCUGGUUCCCAUUCCCCCUGAAUAGUAUGUGUAUAUAUACUACCGUUCAAAAGUUUGGGGUCACUUAGAAAUGUCCUUGUUUUUGAAAGAAAAGCAAUUUUUUUGGCCAUUAAAAUAACAUCAAAUUGAUCAGAAAUACAGUGUAGACAUUGUUAAUGUUGUAAAUGGCUAUUGUAGCUGGAAACGGCUGAUUUUUAAUGGAAUAUCUACAUAGGCGUACAGAGGCCCAUUAUCAGCAACCAUCAGUCCUGUGUUCCAAUGGCACGUUGUGUUUGCUAAUCCAAGUUUAUCAAUUUAAAAGGCUAAUUGAUAAUUAGAAAAUCCUUUUGCAAUUAUGUUAGCACAGCUGAAAACUGUUGUGCUGAUUAAAGAAGCAAUAAAACUGGCCUUCUUGAGACUAGUUGAGUAUCUGGAGCAUCAGCAAUUGUGGGUUAGAUUACAGGCUCAAAAUGGCCAGAAACAAAUAACUUUCUUCUGAAACUCGUCAGUCUAUUCUUGUUCUGAGAAAUGAAGGCUAUUCCAUGCGAGAAAUUGCCAAGAAAUUGAAGAUCUCGUACAACGCUGUGUACUACUCCCUUCAUAGAACAACGCAAACUGGCACUAGCCAGAAUAGAAAGAGGAGUGGGAGGCCCUGGUGCACAACUGAGCAAGAGGACAAAUACAUUAGAGUGUCUAGUUUGAGAAACAGACGCCUCACAGGUCCUCAACUGGCAGCUUCAUUAAAUAGUACCCGCAAAACACCAGUCUUGACGUCAACAGUGAAGAGGCGACUCCGGGAUGCUGACCUUCUAGGCAGAGUUGCAAAGAAAAAUACAUAUCUUAGACUGGCCAAUAAAAAUAAAAGAUGGGCAGUCUGAGAUAUGGCUUUUUCUUUGCUUCUUUAAUCAGCACAACAGUUUUCAGCUGUGCUAACAUAAUUUCAAAAGGGUUUUCUAAUGAUCAAUUAGCCUUUUAAAAUGAUAAAUUUGGAUUAGCAAACACAACGUGCCAUUGGAACACAGGACUGAUGGUUGCUGAUAAUGGGCGUCUGUACGCCUAUGUAGAUACAGUGGGGGAAAAAAGUAUUUAGUCAGCCACCAAUUGUGCAAGUUCUCCCACUUAAAAAGAUGAGAGAGGCCUGUAAUUUUCAUCAUAGGUACACGUCAACUAUGACAGACAAAUUGAGAAAAAAAAUCUAGAAAAUCACAUUGUAGGAUUUUUAAUGAAUUUAUUUGCAAAUUAUGGUGGAAAAUAAGUAUUUGGUCACCUACAAACAAGCAAGAUUUCUGGCUCUCACAGACCUGUAACUUCUUCUUUAAGAGGCUCCUCUGUCCUCCACUCGUUACCUGUAUUAAUGGCACCUGUUUGAACUUGUUAUCAGUAUAAAAGACACCUGUCCACAACCUCAAACUGUCACACUCCAAACUCCAAUAUGGCCAAGACCAAAGAGCUGUCAAAGGACACCAGAAACAAAAUUGUAGACCUGCACCAGGCUGGGAAGACUGAAUCUGCAAUAGGUAAGCAGCUUGGUUUGAAGAAAUCAACUGUGGGAGCAAUUAUUAGGAAAUGGAAGACAUACAAGACCACUGAUAAUCUCCCUCGAUCUGGGGCUCCACGCAAGAUCUCACCCCGUGGGGUCAAAAUGAUCACAAGAACGGUGAGCAAAAAUCCCAGAACCACACGGGGGGACCUAGUGAAUGACCUGCAGAGAGCUGGGACCAAAGUAACAAAGCCUACCAUCAGUAACACACUACGCCGCCAGGGACUCAAAUCCUGCAGUGCCAGACGUGUCCCCCUGCUUAAGCCAGUACAUGUCCAGGCCCGUCUGAAGUUUGCUAGAGUGCAUUUGGAUGAUCCAGAAGAGGAUUGGGAGAAUGUCAUAUGGUCAGAUGAAACCAAAAUAUAACUUUUUGGUAAAAACUCAACUCGUCGUGUUUGGAGGACAAAUAAUGCUGAGUUGCAUCCAAAGAACACCAUACCUACUGUGAAGCAUGGGGGUGGAAACAUCAUGCUUUGGGGCUGUUUUUCUGCAAAGGGACCAGGACGACUGAUCCGUGUAAAGGAAAGAAUGAAUGGGGCCAUGUAUCGUGAGAUCUUGAGUGAAAACCUCCUUCCAUCAGCAAGGGCAUUGAAGAUGAAACGUGGCUGGGUCUUUCAGCAUGACAAUGAUCCCAAACACACCGCCCGGGCAACGAAGGAGUGGCUUCGUAAGAAGCAUUUCAAGGUCCUGGAGUGGCCUAGCCAGUCUCCAGACCUGAACCCAAUAGAAAAUCUUUGGAGGGAGUUGAAAGUCUGUGUUGCCCAGCGACAGCCCCAAAACAUCACUGCUCUAGAGGAGAUCUGCAUGGAGGAAUGGGCCAAAAUACCAGCAACAGUGUGUGAAAACCUUGUGAAGACUUGCAGAAAAUGUUUGACCUGUGUCAUUGUCAACAAAGUAUUGAGAAACUUUUGUUAUUGACCAAAUACUUAUUUUCCACCAUAAUUUGCAAAUAAAUUCAUAAAAAAUCCUACAAUGUGUCACGAUCGUCGAACAGAGAUGAGGACCAAGGCACAGCGUUGCAGGCAAACAUACUCUUUAUUAGAGACACGAUCAAAACGAAAACGUGACAGUUCACGGUCUAACACAACAGACUCGAAACAAAAUCCCACAAACUCUGUGGGGAAACAGGCUGCUAAAGUAUGGUUCUCAAUCAGAGACAACAAGCAACAGCUGAAUCCCGUUGCCUCUGAUUGAGAACCACACUGGCCAACAUAGAACAACAAUACUAGAAAGUGAAACCUAGAACAAAACACAUAGACUUUACACACCCUGGCUCAACAUAUUAGAGUCCCCAGAGCCAGGGCGUGACACAAUGUGAUUUUCUGGAUUUAUUUUUCUCAUUUUGUCUGUCAUAGUUGACGUGUACCUAUGAUGAAAAUUACAGGCCUCUCUCAUCUUUUUAAGUGGGAGAACUUGCACAAUUGGUGGCUGACUAAAUACUUUUUUCCCCCACUGUAGAUAUUCCAUUAAAUCUGCCGUUUCCAGCUACAAUAGCCAUUUACAACAUGAACAAUGUCUACACUGUAUUUCUGAUCAAUUUGAUGUUAUUUUAAUGGAUAAAAAAAAUUGCUUUUCUUUCGAAAACAAGGACAUUUCUAAGUGACACCAAACCUUUGAACGGUGGUGUUCGUAUAUACGUGUUUGUGUUGGGUGGAGUAAUAAAACCCCUAAUACGUAUUCCUGCGCUUGUUUUCUAAUCAUUAUACAACGUGACAAAUGUUUUCCUGGCACACGUUAGGUCCCUUGAUACCAAUUGAGCAAUGUUUCCAUGCCCCAAACAAUUAAUCCUGUUCUUGAGGCAAAGGGGGGUCCAACCCGGCUCUAGAUGGCCACUGGCCACUGAGUGUACAGUAUAUAUGUCAUAUUUGCCCUCUGCUCUACAGUAGGUUGAUGUGAUGUUGUAUAUGUAUUGUAUAAAUGUUGUUUCUGUGUAACCUCAGGGUGGUGAGCACUGUUACUACCACGGCCAGGUGAGGGGGGAAGAUGACUCUAAUGUGGCCUUGUCUACCUGCAAUGGGCUGCAGUAAGUGAACAUCAGCAGUUUUACAUUAUAGUCUGUGCAUUGAAUACUUAAUAGAUAUUGGUGCUUUCCACAGCUGAUAUUGACUCAGUAUUGACUGUCUUCUCUCUUCACUUUUCCUCUCUCUCCCUCUCUCCUUGCCUGACAGCGGAAUGUUUGAUGAUGGACUCUAUGUGUAUCUAAUUGAGCCUUUGCAACAGACUCACUCAAUUGUAAGUUCUUCCUCCUAUUUAGGUUUUUCAAAAUAUUUGCUACACAAAUACUAUUUGUUCUACCUCUACUUGUGCUACAGCUAGGAUCGCUUCUGCCACUUUUACUGUUAUUAAAGUCUCCUUUUUCCUGUAAAGGCACAUUAGGUUAUCUAGUGAAAAUGGCAUGUUUUCCAUUGACAAGGACAUUCUUGUUUUUAAAGGAAGUCCAUGGUUUACAAUAGUGAAGGACAUAUGAUAACAAAGUGCUAUAUGUAUGGAAAUGGUUUUACCUCACAAAUCUGUAUUGAGCUUUUCCUAAAGUUAUAUAAGCAUAGAACGUACAGUGCCUUCAGAAAGUAUUCAUACUCCUUGACUUAUUCCACAUUUUGUUGUGUUACAGCCUGAAUUCAAAAUGGAUUCAAUAAAAAACAAGUAUCACCCAUCUACACACAAUACUCCAUAAUGACAAAGUGAAAACAUGUUUUUAGAAAUUCUUGCAAUAAUAAAAAACAAAUUAAAUACAUAAAUAUCUAAUUUACAUAAGUAUUCACACCCCUGAGUCAAGACCUGUUAGAAUCACAUUUAGGGGCGAUUACGGCUUUGAGUCUUUCUGGGUAAUUCUCUAUGUGCUUUGCACACCUGGAUUGUACAAUAUUUGCCCAUUAUUCGUUUCAAAAUUCUUCAAGCUCUGUCAAGCUGGCUGUUUACAUUUUUUAUUUAUAUUAUAACUUUUUUAUAUAUUUUGUAUUUUUUUAUAUACUUGUUUUUUAUUAUUAACCCAUCUCUUCGGAGGACAUUUUUUGGUUUUUACAGCUUUUCUGCUACAUAUACACACAUUUUACAUAUACAUUUUACAUAUACAUUUUACACAUACAUUUUACAUACAUAUUUUACAUACAUGGUACAUUUAUAUACAGCAAUCACAUAACAAUAAUACAUUACCGAACAUAAGCUCUUUAAUCCCACCCCUCAGCCACUCUCAGCCCAUCCCACCUAUCACCAUAGACCACCCUCGUUUGGUUUCCAUGUACCAUAUAUUUUUCAAUUGUGCUGUGAUGUUUUACAUACAUUUUGAACCUUUCUAAUCGCAUAGUAUCCACAAAUUGUGAGCUAAAGAUUAAAACCUUUCCUAUGAGUAUUAUUAUAUUAUUGAUUGACUGACUAUGGCUUUCCAAAUACCCAACACUGCUAUUUGUAAGGUUAAUUUUAAGUGAAUGUUGUGAUUUUUUAACCAUUCCUGAACCCGUGACCAGAAACAAGCUACAUAAGGGCAAUACCAGAAUAAAUGACCUAGCAAUUCUGUCUCUUCACAGCAAAAUCUACAGAGCUGAGAUUGUUGUAUGCCCCAUAUUGUUGACCAUUGCUAGACAGCCAUUUUCAAGUCUUGACAUAGAUUUUCAAGUCGAUUUAAGUCAAAACUGUAACUAGGCCACUCAGGAACAUUCAAUGUCGUCUUGGUAAGCAACUCCAAUGUAUAUUUGGCCUUGUGUUUUAGGUAAUUGCCCUGCUGAAAGGGGAAUUUUUCUCCCAGUGUCUGUUGGAAAGCAGACUGAACCAGGUUUUCCACUAGGAUUUUUGCCUGUGCUUAGCUCUAUUCCGUUUCUUUUUAUCAUACCCAUAACAUGAUUCAGCCACCACCAUGCUUUAAAAUAUGAAGUGGUACUCAGUGAUGUGUUGUGUAACGCUUGGUAUUCGCUUGGUAUUCAGGACAUAAAGUUCCUUUCUUUGCCACAUUUUUUGUAGUUUUACUUUAGUGCCUUAUUGCAAACAGGAUGCAUGUUUUGGAAUAAUUUAUUUUUCUAUACAGGCUUCCUUUUUUUCUCUGUCAAUUAGGUUAGUAUUGUGGAUUAACUACAAUGUUGUUGAUCCAUCCUCAGUUUUCUCCUAUCAGAGCCAUUCAACUCUGUAACUGUUUUAAAGUCUCCACUGGCCUGAAAUCCCUGAGCGGUGUCCUUCCUCUCCGGCAACUGAGUUAGGAAGGACGGCUGUAUCUUUGUAGUGACUGAGUGUAUUGAUACACCAUCCAAAGUGUAAUUAAUACCUUCACCAUGCUCAAAGGAAUAUUCAGUGUCUGCUUUUUUUUUAACCCAUCCACCAAUAGGUGCUCUUCUUUUUGAGGAAUUGGAAAACCUCCCUGGUCUUUGUGGUUGAAUCUGUUUGAAAUUCACUGCUCGACUGAGGGACCUUACAGAUAAUUGUAUGUGUGGGGUAGAGAGAUGAGGUAGUCAUUCAAAAAUCAUGUUAAACACUAUUAUUGCACACAGAGUGAGUCCAUACAACUUAUUAUGUAACUUGUUAAGCACGUGUACUCCUGAACUUAUUUAGGCUUGCCAUAACAAAGGGGUUGAAUACUUAUUAACUCAAGACAUUUCAUUCUUUCAUUUUUUAUUAAUUUGUAAACAUUUCUAAAAACAUAAUUCCACUUUGACAUUAUGGGGUAUUGUGUGUAGGCCAGUGAUACACAAUCUCAAUUGAAUCAAUUUUAAAUUCAGGCUGUAACACAACAAAAUGUGGAAAAAGUAAAUGGCUGUGAAUACUUUCUGAAGGCACUGUAUAUCGGUCAAGGUCCAUGGUGAAAAUGGAAAGAAAAAUGGUAAUGUAAUGAUAAUGUAUUUAGCUUAAGAAAGUAUUACGUUUUACAUGUCUACCUUAGAUAUUGAUUGAUGUUGACUAGUUGUGAAAAUGUAAUCAUGUUCCUUGUUAUGCAGACUAAUGUCGAUACCCUCCGAGCCAGCCAGUCUACCCCAUAAUGACCUAUCUUUUGUAACUUGACCCCUGUUCCUUGUUCCCUGUUCCCACUACCCUCAUCACACCCUUGCUGACGGUUAAUGGUUUCCCUCACAGGAUACAGCUGCACGACCCCACUCACUGCGCAGGAGGCCCACCCUCCAGUGGAGCAAUGACCCAGAGGAACUGGGUAAUGAGUUCUGCAUCUAGCUGCCAUCUUGGAUCUUGCAUGAUCUCCAAGAGGCCUCCACCACUUUACAUCAACACUCUCAUGGCCUGUCUACCUGACAUUCCAAAACCGUUCUUAUCCUCUCCUACUACCGCUAACAUUAGAAUCCCCAUAUGACAGCUCUAGACCUGGGUGAAAUACAUACACAUACUUUCAAAUACCUGUGUUGCGCUUGAUUUGGUUUGUCCAGUAGAGUGGAACCAAUGGAGUGAAGAACAAACUCCAAGGUAAAUCAAUUGUCUUUUAUAUGUAUUUGACCUAUGCACACCUCAAUGUAUUUGACCUAUGUAUUUGACCCAGAUCUGAACUGUGUCACAGUUUCCCUCCUAUGGCAUCUGUAUCUUGCGUAUACCUUCGUGUGUUUCUCUUCCCGUGUUAAAGGUCCAAUGCAGACGUUUUUAUUUCAAUAUCAAAUCAUUUCUGGGUAACAAUUAAGUAACUUGCUAGCUAGGUUUCCAUCCAAUUGGCGACAGAUUUUCAUGAAAAUAUAAAACAUUUGCAUAAAGAAAAUAUGCGCAUUUUCCCACCAGUGGUGUGUUUCCACCAAACAGACUUGUUACAGUUAAAAUCAGUGCUUGAUGAUGUAGUGCACACAAAAUGUACUUUUUUGCUUAAGUUUUCAUGUACUGAAUAAAAAUCUAAAGUUCAAUGUGUUUCCAUCGCAUUUUCAACUCUACCGAUAGUUUUGUCACAAAAACUGUUGCGUUAAAUAUCAAAUGUGCCUACUCUGGUCUUGGCACGUGCGCUCUAGCCAACAGCUCGGAGAUACAGUGCGGGUAGGCUGUGCUGGUUGGCUAGUCUACAUGAUGAGAUUAUUAUGGAUAAGAGCGAAAAUAUUUGUAUUUAUCAAACGACAGUCAAGCAUCGAUCAUCAUAUCACCAGAAUAAGACCUUCAAUAUUUAUUGGAAAGGAGCAUCAAGCUCAUCACCAUGCACUUUCAACACCCUGUGAAGUUAAUCAUAACUUAUUUCAUCUGUAGCCUAAUAAACUGCAUGGUUUCCCGAGUCGUAGUGGGAGGACCACACACCAUAUCAUCCAAGUUUACUUCGAUAUGAUGGUUAUUAUAUCAAUAUUUGCACAUAAAGGCAUUUCCACCGCCAUUUCUCGCAUAAUUAAUUUGACAGACACAAAAAGAUCCCACCAUAUCGAACAAACUAAUUAUCUGUCGUCAUUUAUAAAAUUGUACCGAAAAUGUUCUGCCAUUUCUUUUUACAGCUCUUACACUAAAUGAACAUGAUCAUAAUUUUCACAAUUUCACAGUAUUAUUCCAACCUCAUAGUGUGGAAAUAUAUAUAAAAUACAGGAAAAUCAUGUUUCUGAUUGCACUGGGCCUUUAAUGUGUUUUUGUGUCUCUCUAGUGGAGGAAGAGCGGCUGCUUUUGGAGCUGGAUGACAUGUCCUGGCUGAAGCGCAGGAAAAAGCGGGCUGUAAGUCUGUGACCUCAUCAGACCCUUAAAGGGAUUUUGUAACACACUCCACCUACUGUAAGUUAAUUCACCCCUGCUGUGUUACGUAGUGUGUUAAGUUAGUGUGUUAUGUAGCCUUGUGUUAUAACAUAGCCUCCCAGUAUAGGCCCUUAAUUUAAAGUGACCUCUGUUCAUUUGUAUCUCUCACAACAUAAUUUGCAACUCAACUCAGCACCACACAACAUUUUCUCUUUUGUUCUCUUCCUCUAGAAAUCUUUGUUUUCUGUGUGUUAUGAUGGUGAACUAAUCUGUGGCUUUUUUCAGAUGCCUCGGAAUGUCUUUGAGGAGAUGAAGUAUUUGGAGAUUAUGAUCGUCAGUGACCACAAUAUGGUAUGUGCCCUCAAAACCAAAACCAACUAGACAAAAGACAUGAAAUAUGAGUAAGCUGGUAUGAAAUAUUUCAGCAAUGUUUCAUUCUUUUACUGUAAAGAAUGACUCAAAAUAGUAUCCGCAGCAUUCAGCCAACUAUGCCCACAAGAGGGUGCAACACUAUUGAAUGUGGUGGACGCAUGAUUCAUAACCUAUCUAACAUAACCAUCAUCCACAUUUAUUCUAUUGUUGGACAAUCAAAAAAACAACAUGCAUAUUUGAUGCAUUUUUAAAAGGGUGUCGGAGAAGCUUGGGAUAUUUAAGUGUUUAUUCAAAUUGCACCUAAUAACCAUUUUUUAAUCUAAGUUAUGUGCCACUGUGUUUGUGUGGUGUGCAGUAUAAACGACACAAGACCAAGCAGCACACCAGGAACUUUGCCAAGUCAGUGGUGAACUUUGUGGAUGCUGUGAGUAACCUCUCCAGUUGGCUCUGAGAACUUUACUUUGUACCUCUUUUAAAAUCUAUAAAUAUUCAGUCCUCUAUUUCCUUUUCCUGGUAUAUGUCUCAGGGUGCCCAUCAGAACAUCCAGAAUAAGGUUAAACACUGAUACCUUACUGGCUGUUGAUGUGUUUGUGUACCUUGAGGUAUAUUUUCAGUGCAAUUAUAGUUGAAUCAAUUAAUGUGUUUUUUACAAAGUACAGGAAUACCUAAAUGUUGAUGUGUAUGUGUCCAACAUAGGAGGUUGGUGGCACCUUAAUUGGGGAGGACUUGUUCGUGGUAAUGGCUGGAGCGGAAUCAGUGUAAUGGUAUUAAAUACAUCAAACACAUGGUUUGAUGCCAUCCAUUUGCUCCGUUCUAGCCAUUAUUAUGAGCCGUCCUCCCCUCAGCAGCCUCCACUUGUGUAUAUCACAUUAUGUGUAUGUCUACUGAGAAAAGCUGUUCAACAUUUAUAUUAGAGAGCCCCUAGAGGUAGAACCCAGAAAUGACCACUUCCUUAUGUAUCACACUGGACAUCUCCUGUACCCUGAGUCGGCCCCAUACUCGUGUCUGUGCUAUUCAGAUUUUGUACUGUAUCACUAUUGUGUUUGUUGUUGCUCUGUGUAGCUGUGAUGUGCAAUAACAGUCCCUUGUCUCUCCCUGCUCCCAGUGUGCUGUGUCCCCUGUCCCAUGUCUGUCCUCAGACAGUACAGAUGAUCAUUCACACCCAGUGUUCUUCUCCUGUCCCUGUGCUGUCAUUUCUCUCUAUCUCUCUCUUUCUCUCUUUCUCUGUGUCCUCCCACUACCCAUCAUGCGCCAAUGACAGAUCUUUAAGGAGCACCUGCACACACGGGUCGUUCUGGUUGCCGUGGAGAUAUGGACGGACAAGGACCAGAUUCCCAUCAGUGUGAAGCCGCUGGACAUGCUGAAAGAUUUCUCUAAGUACCGGGCGCAGAGCAUCAAGCAGCACGCUGAUGCUGUGCACCUCUUCACGUAAGUGCCCUCUCCUGUCUGUCUCUCGGGGCCACCCCAUGCCGCUACUUACCAUAUACUGAUACUGUAAUUAGUAUCUCUUACUAACUGAGUCCUUAUGGCUUCCCAGAAUAUUAGAUCAUGUUAGAGGACUAAGCCCUAAUGCUUUGGCUUUAACAAUAAAGCAAAAAAUGUCCAUCUACUUCCAUUUGUCCUCCAAGGGCAGCUGAAUACCUCUCACUUGUCCGUCUAACUGUCUGUUUGAUAGUUAUUCUGUGUCUUUUUGAUGCACAGCAAUGUGACCUUCCACUACCGCCGGAGCAGUGCAGCAUACUUCGGGGGCUUGUGCUCUGUGAGCCGUGGAGUAGGGGUCAACGAGGUGAGAUGUGCUGACUAAUGUACACAAUCGUACCGUUUGAUUACAGCAGAGCAGAGCAGACGAGUAACUGCUGAUUUGUUGUACCUGCAGUAUGGCAGCACGUGGACCAUGGCUUCGUCACUCUCCCAGAGCUUGGCACAGAACCUAGGCAUCCAGUGGGAUCCAGCUGCCAAGAGAAGUACAGAGACUGGCUCCCAUUCAUCACUGAACAUUAAUUUCUGCCUUACAGAUAGACACUAUUUAAGGAACAGUUUAAAACAUUUUAGGCACAUAUGCUUUUACCAAUUUCUUUGUAAGAUGGACAUGUUCUGUGUUGUUCUCUCUCACAGAGGAAUGUGGCUGCGCUGACUCCUGGGUGGGCUGCAUCAUGGAGGAUACUGGGUAAUGUUCUACUGCUCUACUGCUAUUCUCACUUUCUCUCUCUGUUUCUGUGUGUCUCUAUGUCUCUCUCUUUCAAACACACACACAAACACACACACACAUACAUAGACAGACAGAUAGAGAGCAGUGGAGGCUGCUGAGGGGAGAACGGCUCAUAAUAAUGUCCGGAACGGAGCGAAUGGAAUGGCAUCACACAUGGAAACCAUGGAAACCAUGUGUUUGAUGUAUUUGAUACCAUUCCACGUAUUCCGCUCCAGUCAUUACCACGAGCGGAUUUAUGAUGAGUUGCUAAACCCCCAGUCCCCCAGCCCCUCUCUAUGAUAGCAUGGUAUGGCUCUCCCUUCUCCCUAAUGACAUGGUGUGUAUAACCCAUUCAUUUGUAUGGGUUACCUUUAGACGAGUCCUGUGACACUUGUGGGGGUCGUAGAGCAAAACGGAGAACCCCAUUGUGUUGCUCUACGUCCCCUUUCUAUAGAUUGGUCAUAAUACUUCGUAGACCAAACCAUUCGGAUGCUACAGACCGUUUUCGUGAGAAUAUCUAUUUCCGGGAUGUCUCCUGGUCUGACAAACAGCGCUGUAGCUCUGCCACUUUCCACCACAGAUGCAGAAGGCCACCAUUGGCGGAUUCGGUGGAUUGAGAUGCAGCCCAUACAAAAAAACGGAUAUCUCUAGCUUAAACUGACAGAUUUUGAUGGGAAUUUUUUGAUUAUGUUACUUAGAUUGACGCACCGGUGCAUCAAUAGACUCUAGGGGGUUUAAAAGCUGGAAGUUAAAGGUGGAUGUAUUCCUUAACCCCCAGGGUCCAGCAUCCCCGGACCUUCUCCAAGUGCAGCAUCUCAGACUACAAGGAGUUCCUGCUGAAGGGCGGUGGAUCCUGUCUUUUUAACAGGCCAAACAAGGUGAGUCAGAUGAGAAUAGUUCAUGUUGUGGUUGUCAUACAGCAGAAUAUCAAAAAGAGAUACUGUAUAUAACCAGUAAUAAAAAUACUGUAAUAACCCUCUGAUUGUGUUUGCUUUGGCAGCUGUUUGAAUCCACAGAGUGUGGGAAUGGAUACAUUGAAGUGGGAGAGGAGUGUGACUGCGGAGCUAGAUCCGUGAGUUACUAUGCAAUACUAUUCUAUUUACAUCACAUUUAUAUUAUUCCAAUACAGUGUCAGACUGGUGGUGUCAUGUGUGUUGUAGGAGUGCUACAAGGAAUGCUGUAAGAAGUGUUCCCUAGCUAAUGGUGCACAUUGUGCUGACGGACCUUGCUGCAACAACACUUGUCUGGUAAGGACUUUUUAAUCACUGUGUAAGUCUGCUCACUAAGAACCAGAAUGGCUUUUUUCUACAAAAGCGGAAGAACAUAGGCACAUCCAGGUGCUGGAGUUAACUAAUGAAAAAUACAAAUAAAAUACUGCACACUGUUUCAGGUCUUUCUUAGGCAUCCAUAUCCCAGGUGGGGGUGGAAGGUCCUAUAUAUAGGGGCAGUGCUCAGUGACAUCACUUCCUGAAACAAGAAGUACAAAUAUAUACAGUGGGGGAAAAAAUAUUUAGUCAGCCACCAAUUGUGCAAGUUCUCCCACUUAAAAAGAUGAGAGAGGCCUGUAAUCUUCAUCAUAGGUACACGUCAACUAUGACAGACAAAUUGAGAUUUUUUUUCUCCAGAGAAUCACAUUGUAGGAUUUUUAAUGAAUUUAUUUGCAAAUUAUGGUGGAAAAUAAGUAUUUGGUCACCUACAAACAAGCAAGAUUUCUGGCUCUCACAGACCUGUAACUUCUUCUUUAAGAGGCUCCUCUGUCCUCCACUCGUUACCUGUAUUAAUGGCACCUGUUUGAACUUGUUAUCAGUAUAAAAGACACCUGUCCACAACCUCAAACAGUCACACUCCAAACUCCACUAUGGCCAAGACCAAAGAGCUGUCAAAGGACACCAGAAACAAAAUUGUAGACCUGCACCAGGCUGGGAAGACUGAAUCUGCAAUAGGUAAGCAGCUUGGUUUGAAGAAAUCAACUGUGGGAGCAAUUAUUAGGAAAUGGAAGAAGUACAAGACCACUGAUAAUCUCCCUCGAUCUGGGGCUCCACGCAAGAUCUCACCCCGUGGGGUCAAAAUGAUCACAAGAACGGUGAGCAAAAAUCCCAGAACCACACGGGGGGACCUAGUGAAUGACCUGCAGAGAGCUGGGACCAAAGUAACAAAGCCUACCAUCAGUAACACACUACGCCGCCAGGGACUCAAAUCCUGCAGUGCCAGACGUGUCCCCCUGCUUAAGCCAGUAAAUGUCCAGGCCCGUCUGAAGUUUGCUAGAGUGCAUUUGGAUGAUCCAGAAGAGGAUUGGGAGAAUGUCAUAUGGUCAGAUGAAACCAAAAUAGAACUUUUUGGUAAAAACUCAACUCGUCGUGUUUGGAGGACAAAGAAUGCUGAGUUGCAUCCAAAGUACACCAUACCUACUGUGGAAACAUCAUGCUUUGGGGCUGUUUUUCUGCAAAGGGACCAGGACGACUGAUCCGUGUAAAGGAAAGAAUGAAUGGGGCCAUGUAUCGUGAGAUUUUGAGUGAAAACCUCCUUCCAUCAGCAAGGGCAUUGAAGAUGAAACGUGGCUGGGUCUUUCAGCAUGACAAUGAUCCCAAACACACCGCCCGGGCAACGAAGGAGUGGCUUCGUAAGAAGCAUUUCAAGGUCCUGGAGUGGCCUAGCCAGUCUCCAGAUCUCAACCCCAUAGAAAAUCUUUGGAGGGAGUUGAAAGUCCGUGUUGCCCAGCGACAGCCCCAAAACAUCACUGCUCUAGAGGAGAUCUGCAUGGAGGAAUGGGCCAAAAUACCAGCAACAGUGUGUGAAAACCUUGUGAAGACUUACAGAAAACGUUUGACCUGUGUCAUUGCCAACAAAGGGUAUAUAACAAAGUAUUGAGAAACUUUUGUUAUUGACCAAAUACUUAUUUUCCACCAUAAUUUGCAAAUAAAUUCAUUAAAAAUCCUACAAUGUGAUUUUCUGGAUUUUUUUUUCUCUCAUUUUGUCUGUCAUAGUUGACGUGUACCUAUGAUGAAAAUGACAGGCCUCUCUCAUCUUUUUAAGUGGGAGAACUUGCACAAUUGGUGGCUGACUAAAUACUUUUUUCCCCCACUGUAAUAUAGGUUCACAAUAUCAACAUUCAAUAUAUCAAAAUAUAUAACCAUACUCUUUUUUUAGGAUGCUGCUAUAGGCCACCAAGUGCUAACUGUCAGUAUCUGGAGAAUAUGUGUGUGAUGUUAGAUAAGGUCUCUAAUGCUAACAAAUACAUGUAUUUUCUUGGUGACUUGAACAUUGACUGGUUAUCAUCUAGUUGUCCUCUCAAGAGGAACCUUCUUACUGUGACUAAUGCCUGUAACAUGACCCAGGUUAUCACUCAACCAACUAGUUUGUAUACAAAUAGUGUUGGAUCUGUGAUAUCCACUUGUAUUGAUCAUAUCUUCACUAAUUCUGCAGAGCUUUGCUCCAAAGCAAUAUCAGUUCCCAUUGGCUGUAGUGACCAUAACAUUGUGGCAAUAACAAGGAAAGCCAAAGUACCAAAGGCAGGCCCUAAAGUUAUUUAUAAGAGAUCAUACAAGAUGUUUUCUCAGGACUGUUUUGUUGAAGAUGUAAAUGUAUGUUGGUCUGAUGUGUCUGAGGAGAAUCCAGAUGCAGCACUUGGAGUAUUUGUAAAAUUAUUCUUGCCAAUUGUUGACAAACAUGCACCUGUUAUGAAACUAACUGUGAGAACUGUUAGAGCCCCCUGGAUCGAUGAUGAAUUGAAAAUGUGUAUGGUUCAAAUUAAUUAUGCAAAAAAGGUUCCAAACAAGUCACGCUGCUCAGCUGAUUGGUUCACAUACUGUCAAUUGAGGAAUUGUGUGACUAAACUUAACAGAAAAUAUAGAUAUAUUACCAAAACAAGAUAAAUUAUAUGAAAAACAAUUUGGAGCACCUUUAAAUGAUAUUUUGGGCAGAAAACCCAAUUCCAUCGUUCAUUGAGGUUGAUGGUUCAUUUAUAACAAAAUAUUUUGAUAUAGCUAAUCAUGUAAAGUGGACGAACUGAGAAGUGAAAUGAUAACAUUGAACAGUGAACCAUCAUAUGUUUUGUAUUGAAAAUCUAAUAAUGAAAGAGAAGGAUUGCUGUUUUGUGUGGAAGAGGCGGAAAAAUUAUUGUUAUCCAUCGAUAAUAAUAAGCUACCAGGUAUAGACAACCUAGAUGGGAAACUAUUGAGAAUGGUAGCAGAUUGUAUUGCCAGCCCUAUUUGCCAUGUCUUUAACCAAAGCCUAAAGGAGUGCGUGUGUCCACAGGCGUGGAAGGAAUCUAAAGUAAUUCCAUUACCUAAAAAUAGUAAAGCACCCUUUGCUGGCUCUAACAGCCAGUUUGGUGCCUCUUCUUAGUAAAAUGAUGGAGAAAUUUGUGUUUGAACAAAUAUAAUGCUAUUUUUCAAAGAACAAUUAACUACUGAUUUUCAGCAUGCAUAUAGGGAAGGGCACUCAACGUGUACUGCACUGACUCAGAUGACUGAUGAUUGGCUAAAAUAAAUGGAUAAUAAGAUGAUAGUUGGAGCUGUAUUGUUAGAUUUCAGUGCAAAAACACACUUUUUAUGGCUUUACAUCACCGGCCAUCACAUGGUUGGAGAGUUACUUAUCUAAUAGAACCCAGAGAGUGUUCUUAAAUGGAAGCUUCUCUAACAUCAGAUAUGUACAGUGCGGUAUCCCUCAGGGCAGUUGCCUUGGGCCGUUACGCUUCUCUAUUUUUACAAAUGAUUUGCAACUUGUCUUACAAGAAGCUAAAAUUACUAUGUAUGGUGAUGAUUGCACACUCUACACAUAAGCACCUACAGCCAUUGAGCUCACUGAGACUCUUAGCAAGGAGUUACAGUCGGUGUUAACAAUAAACUGGUCUUAAAUACAUCUAAAACCAAAGCAUUGAAUUUGGUUAAAAGCAUUAUCUUAGACCUAAACCUCAACUUGAGUUGUGCAUAAAGGGUGUGACCAUUGAACAAGUUGAAGAAGCUAAACUCCUGGGUAUAACACUGGAUGGUCAAUUAUCAUGGUCAAGUCAUAUUGACAAAGUUGUUGUGAAGAUGGGGAGAGAUACUGUAUGUCUGCUAUAAAAAAGAUGUUCUGUGUUUUUAAGACAAAAAUAAACUGUACUAGUUGUUCAGGCUCUGAUCUUGUCUCACCUUGAUUUAUGUCCGGUAAUAUGGUCAGGUGCAGCAAAGAAAGACCUAGCAAAGCAGAAGCUGUCUCAAAACAAAGCAGCUUGCCCUUAACUGCACACACAGAACAUCAACAACAGGCAUGAUAGUCUUUCUUGUGGGUUGAGGAGAAAUCGACUACUUUUCUUUUAGUCUUUUUAAGAAACCUUUGUGUGUUGAAAAUGCCUAACCACUUGUAUAAUUUAUUUGCAUACACUUCAAACAUACAUAAAUACCCCACCAGACAUGCCACUAUGGGUUUCUUCACUGUACCCAAACCAAAAACAGAUUUAAUGUGUCGCUCAGUUAUGUAUAGAGCCAUGUCAUCAUGGAAUGCUCUGCUACCAGAGGUUACUCAGGCAAAAAGCAAGUUUAGCUUUAGAAAACAGAUAAAAAAAACAUAUUGUAUCACAGCACCUCUCCUCUUUCUAAAGAUCUAAUUUAACUGUACUGUAUAUAAUAAUAUGAAUAUGUACAGUGCCUUCAGAAAGUAUUCACACCCCUUUACUUUUUCCACAUUUUGUUGUGUUACAGCCUGAAUUUUAAAUGGAUUAAAUUUAGAUUUUUUUGUCACUGGCCUCCACACCAUAUCCCAUAAUGUCAAAGGGGAAUUAUGUUUUUCUAUUGUUUUUACAAAUUAAUAAAAAAUAAAAAGCUGAAAUGUCUUGAGUCAAUAAGUAUUCAACCCCUUUGUUAGUGAAAGCCUAAAUAAGUUCAGAAGUAAACAUUUGCUUAGCAAGUCACAUAAUACGUUGCAUGGACUCUGUGUGCAACAAUAGUGUUUAACAUUAUUUUUGAAUGACUACCUCAUCUCUGUACCCCACACAUACAAUUAUCUGUAAGGUCCCUCAGUCGAGCAGUGAAUUUCAAACACAGAUUCACAAAGACCAGGGAGGUUUUCCAAUGCCUCGCAAAGAAGGGCACCUAUUGGUAGAUGGGUAAAAAAUCCCUUUCAGCAUGGUGAAGUUAAUAGUUACACUUUGGAUGGUGUAUCAGUCACUACAAAGAUACAGGCGUCCUUCCUAAUUGGCAGGCAUCCUUCCUAACUCAGUUGCCGAAGAGGAAGGAAACCGCUCAGGGAUUUCACCAUGAUGCCAAUAUUGACUUUAAAACAGUUACAGAGUUUAAUGGCUAUGAUAGGAGAACACUGAGGAUGGAUCAACAACCUUGUAGUUACUCCACAAUACUAACCUAAUUGACAGAGUGAAAAGAAGGAAGCUUGUACAGAAUAAAAAUAUUCCAAAACAUGCAUCCUGUUUGCAACAAGGCACUAAAUUAAUACUGCAAAAAAUGUGGCAAAGCAAUUCACUUUCUGUCCUGAAUACAAAGUGUAGCUCAGUUGGUAGCGCAUGGCACUUGCAACGCCAGGGUUGUGGGUUCGAUUCCCAUGUGGGACCAGUAUGAAAAUGUACGCGCUCACUACUGUAAGCCGCUCUGGAUAAGAGUGUCUACUUAAUGUAAAAAAUGUGAAAUGUUAUGUUUGGGGCAAAUCCAAUAAAACACAUUACUGUGUACCACUCUCCAUAUUUUCAAGCAUAGUGGUGGCUGCAUCAUGUUAUGGGUAUGCUUGUAAUCGUUAAGGACUGGGGAGUUUUUCAGGAUAAAAAAGAAAAGUAAUGGAGCUAAGCACAGGCAAAAUCCUAAAGGAAAACCUGGUUCAGUCUGCUUUCCACCAGACACUAACCUAAAACACAUUGCCAAAUAUACACUGGAGUUGCUUAACAAGAAGGCAGUGAAUGUUCCCGAGUGGCUUGCAGGAACAUUCACUUCCUUCUUGGUAUGCAACUCCAGUGUAUAUUUGGCAAUAGUUAUGACUUAAAUCUGCUUCAAAAUCUAUGGCAAGACCUGAAAAUAGUUGUCUAGCAAUGAUCAACAACCAAUUUGACAGAGCUUGAAGAAUUUUGAAAAGAAUAAUGGGCAAAUACUGUACAAUCCAGGCAUGCAAAGCUCUUAGAGACUUACAUCUGUAAUCGCUGCCAAAGGUGAUUCUAACAUGUCUUGACUCAGGGGUGUGAAUACUUAUGGAAAUUAAAUAUUUCUGUAUUUCAUUUGCAAAAAAAAUCCUACAAUUUCUAAAAACAUGUUAUCACUUUGUCAUUAUGUGGUAUUGUGUGUAGAUGGGUAAAGAACAUGUAUUUAAUCAAUUUUGAAUUCAGGCUGCAACACAACAAAAUGUGGAAUAAGUCAAGGGGUAUGAAUACUUUCUGAAGGCACUAUUUAUAUGAAUAGAGUGUAAAUAGUACUUUUGUUGUCUCUUGGUGUCUCUUCAAUAUAUAACUUAUUUUAUUUGUAUUUUUUAUUUGGAAUUUAAUGUAAUAUCUUAUGUUGUUCUUGUCUAUAACUGUUCUGUAUUUGUCAUGUAUUUGUACAUUUUAUGUGGACCCCAGGAAGAGUAGCUGCUACAUGUGCAGUAGCUAAUGGGGAGCCUAAUAAACUAAACAUAAAUAUUUACAGUGAUAUACAGGUAUAUACACUGAGUGUACAAAACAUUAAGAACAUCUUCCUAAUAUUGAGUUGCUACAAGGUGUGGAAAGCGUUCCACAGGAAUGCUGGACCAUGUUGACUCCAAUGCGUCCGACAGUUGUGUCAAGUUGGCUGGAUGUCCAUUGGGUGGUGGACCAUUCUUGAUACACAAGGGAAACUGUUGAGCGUGAAAAACCCAACAGCGUUACAGUUCUUGACACAAACCAAUGCUCCUGGCACCUACUACCAUACCCUGUUCAAAGGCACUUAAAUAUUUUGUCUUGCCCAUUCACCCUCUGAUUGGCACACAUACACAAUCCAUGUCUCAAUUGUCUCAAGGCUUAAAAAUAUUUGUUUAACCUGUCUCCUCCCAUUCAUCUACACUGAUUGAAGUGGAUUUGAAGUGGAUUGAACCAAUAAGCGAUCAUAGAUUUCAUCUGGAUUCACCUGGUCAGUCUAUGUCAUGGAAAGAGCAGGUGUUCAUAAUGUUUUGUACACUCAGUGUAUAUACAGUCGUGGUCAAAGGUUUUGAGAAUGACACAAAUAUUAAUUUUCACAAAGUCUGCUGCCUUAGUUUUUAUGAUGGCAAUUUGCAUAUACUCCAGAAUGUUAUGAAGAGUGAUCAGAUGAAUUGCAAUUAAUUGUAAAGUCCCUCUUUGCCAUGAAAAUUAACUUAAUCCCAAAAAAACAUUUCCACUGCAUUUCAGCCCUGCCACAAAAGGACCAGCUGACAUCAUGUCAGUGAUUCUCUUGUUAUCACAGGUGAGAGUGUUGACGAGGACACAGCUGGAGAUCACUCUAUCAUGCUGAUUGAGUUAGAAUAACAGACUGGAAGCUUUAAAAGGAGGGUGGUGCUUGAAAUCAUUGUUCUUCCUCUGUUAACCAUGGUUACCUGCAAGGAAACAUGUGCCGUCAUCAUUGCUUUGCACAAAAAAGGGCUUCACAGGCAAGGAUAUUGCUGCUAGUAAGAUUGCACCUAAAUCAACAAUUUAUCGGAUCAUCAUGAACUUCAAGGAGAGAGGUUAAAUUGUUGUGAAGAAGGCUUCAGGGUGCCCAAGAAAGUCCAGCAAGCGCCAGGACCGUCUCCUAAAGUUGAAUCAGCUGCGGGAUCGGGGUACCACCAAUGCAGAGCUUGCUCAGGAAUGGCAGCAGGCAGGUGUGAGUGCAUCUGCACGCACAGUGAGGCGAAGACUUUUGGAGGAUGGCUUGGUGUCAAGAAGGGCAGCGAGGAAGCCACUUCUCUCCAGGAAAAACAUCAGGGACAGGCUGAUAUUCUGCAAAAGUUACAGGGAUUGGACUGCUGAGGACUGGGGUAAAGUCAUUUUCUCUGAUGAAUCCCCUUUCCGAUUGUUUGGGGCAUCCGGAAAAAGCUUGUCCGGAGAAGACAAGGUGAGCGCUACCAUCAGUCCUGUGUCAUGCCAACAGUAAAGCAUCCUGAGACCAUUCAUGUGUGGGGUUGCUUCUCAGCCAAGGGAGUGGGCUCACUCACAAUUUUGCCUAAGAUCACAGCCAUUAAUAAAGAAUGGUACCAACACAUCCUCAGAGAGCAACUUCUCCCAACCAUCCAAGAACAGUUUGGUGACGAACAAUGCCUUUUUCAGCAUGAUGGAGCACCUUGCCAUAAGGCAAAAGUGAUAACUAAGUGGCUCGGGGAACAAAACAUCGACAUUUUGGGUCCAUGGCCAGGAAACUCCCCAGACCUUAAUCCCAUUGAGAACUUGUGGUCAAUCCUCAAGAGGCGGGUGGACAAACAAAACCCACAAAUUCUGACAAACUCCAAGCAUUGAUUAUGCAAGAAUGUGCUGCCAUCAGUCAGAAUGUGGCCCAGAAGUUAAUUGACAGCAUGCCAGGGCGGAUUGCAGAGGUCUUGAUAAAGAAGGGUCAACACUGCAAAUAUUGACUCUUUGCAUAGACUUAAUGUAAUUGUCAAUAAAAGCCUUUGACACUUAUGGAAUGCUUGUAAUUAUCUGACAAAAAUAUCUAAAAAUACUGAAGCAGUAAACUUUGUGACGACCAAUACUUGUGUCAUUCUCAAAACUUUUGACCACGACUGCACACAAUAUUCAAUUAGGGUAAAAAACGCUGUUUGGCAUUUAUUGUCAGGAAUCUUGCCAUGGAGGCAGCUCUGCAGAGUGGUCACUAGCUGGCACAGCCACAAAGUCAUAAAAUCUGAUUUUAAACCUAAACUUAACCUGGACAUGUAGAUAAUCAGGCCUUUGAUCUUAAAUCUCUGUCCUGUGCGGGGGUGGGUGAAUGAGCCACAUUUGUAUGUGAAACUGAGUUGAGCACAUUGGCCAUAUUCGUAAUUCCCCGCCGGAAACUUGUCCAAGAAGGUUUCCCUUUUCUCUGGUGGGUAACCUCUGGGCACACGCUGGUUGAAUCAACGUUGUUUCCACGUCAUUUCAAUGAAAUGACGUUGAACCAAUGUGGAAUAGACGUUGAAUUGACGUCUGUGCCCAGUGGGUAGUCAGAUUUGACCACAAAGUCUCUCACGUUUGGGGGUCUUUUAAAGACCAUACGUGGGUGAUGUUUAAAGAUGGGUUUCAGUUGUGGGUCAAUGUCAACAAUGUACCAGUGCUUACUGAUAAUAUCCUUAAAUGCCUUCCCCAAUGGUGAGUAUUGGGUGAAGCAUGAGGGGACAUGUUCUGCUUUUUCUUAAACUUUUGGUCGAAGGCUUUCCAACUGUGUUAGCCCUUCAAAAUGAUCAUUGGCGUGUUUUACCCAAUUGUCUUAUUACCUCCUUUCCUUAAACCUUUGUGUGAGGUCCGUGGUCUGUUUCUGGUAAGAAGAAUCAGAGCUACAUAUUCUUCUAAUGCGGCUGAAUUUAGACUUUUAAUGAGUGGACAUGGAUUGAAACGGUCACCUCUAAGGAGUGUGUUCCUGUCCGUAGAUUUCCUGUAGAGAUCUGUAGAGAGGGAGAUUUUGUCCUUAAUAACCAUCACAUCAAGAAAACUGAUUUGGGAUAGGUCUUAAUUAAUGGUUAAAAGGAGGUGCUCAUUCAAAGAGUUUAGACAAGCAUGGAGUUCCAAGAGUUCUUCCUGAGUCCCUGAAUAGAUCAGGAAAAUAUCAUCUAAAUAUCUCAGAAUUAGGAAAAUAUUGGGGAGAAAGGAGUUCAGUUCUGGAUUCAGCACCACCUGUUUUUCAAACCAUCCUCAGCCAAGUCCACAAUACAAUUGGUGCUGGGAAGAGCAUUGAGGUAGAACUUGAGAGCCUGUAGGCCACCCUGGUGGGGGAUGUUAAUAUAUAGACUGGUAACAUCAAAAGUACACAGAAUAUAAUUUACUGGUAUGUGGUCCACAGAUUUCAGAAGAUUGAGCAAAUCAAUAGAGUCACUGGUGUACGUGGGUAAAGAGCUCGGCCAGGGUUUCGCAAAAUGUUCCACAAAGGUAGAAAUGUUCUGUUUCAGAGAUCCGUUACUACUCACAAGGGGCCUGCCUGGUAUAGGUGGCAUCAUGCUCUUGUGAAUUUUGGGGAGAGCGUACAUGACUGGUGUGGUUGGUCAGUCAACUUUCAUAUACUCAAAUUCUGUCUUUGUAAUCUUCAUUUCAUUCUAAAACUUAGAUCAGAUCAUGGAUCAGAGACUUGAAUAUAUAUCACUGUAAAUAUUUAUCACAUUACUCAUGUACAGUUAUAUACUAUAUUGAAUGUUGAUAUUGUGAACCUACAGUAUAUUUUAUAUUUGUACCUCUUGUUUCAGGAAGUGAUGUCAUUGAGCACUGCCCCUAUAUAUAAGACCUUCCAACCCCACCUGGGAUAUGGAUGCCUAAUGAAGACCUAAGGGUCGAAACGUUGUAUCAAUAAAAUCACAUGGGAGCAUGAACAGCAGUGUGCAGCGUCUUCCUUUAGAUUUUUUCUUUUUUCUUUGUGUUGCAUGAGAUACCAAAGAAUAGGACCGGAAAUUCCACUCUCUUGUUUUUUUCUCCCUCUGUCAGUUCUACCCGCGAGGUUAUAGUUGUCGCUAUGCGGUGAAUGACUGUGACAUCUCAGAGACAUGCUCAGGGGACUCUGGCCAGGUGAGUUGGGCUCUAACUAUUAUUCAUUUCUGAGAAAGGAUUAAACUUUCAGCUCUGUUAAAAGGAAAUAUUUGUAUAUUGUUCAUUGUAGUGCCCUCCUAACCUUCACAAACAAGAUGGCUACCACUGUCAAGUCAACCAGGUGGGCAGCAUGUUCACUGAGACACAACGACAUACUCAUAUCUAUUCAGAUUGUAUGAUUCAGAAAAGGUUUGUCACCAUAAGCUUGCUUGAACAGAUAGGGAAUUAAUGAGUGUGCCCUUUUGUCUCUUUAGGGACGCUGCUACGGUGGAGAGUGCAAGACCAGGGGGAACCAGUGCAAAUACCUCUGGGGUCCAAGUAAGUUCAAAAUCCCUCUUGCUUAAGUUGGUUUACUCACUACAAGAUAUGCAGGAUCUGUAAUCAAAAAGGCAUUGAGACAGAAUCUGAGACGGCUGCCUGCACUCCAGUGAUGUUAGCUUGUUGUGAGGUGUGGUCAUCCUCCCUUAAUGCAGAGGCGGGAGGCUCUGAGAAGUUCUGCUAUGAGAAGCUCAAUACAGAGGGAACAGAGAAGGGAAACUGUGGGAUGGAUGGAGAGAAAUGGCUCCAGUGCAGCAAGCAGUGAGUUGAACAUGAUACCAAAUAUACACUGCUGUACACUGUAGUUAUGCACUAUACCAGAACAAACAUUAAAGUAUUGCUGUAUCUGUUCUACAUCAAUGUAUUCACAAAGUAUCAGUGUUCCUUUAGCUCUAACUAUCUCGGACUCUGUCUGCAGCGAUGUGUUCUGUGGGUUCCUGCUGUGCAGCAACAUUGGACGCAACCCCCGCAUCGGCAUGAUGAAGGGAGACAUCACCCCCACCUCCUUCAACCAUCAGGGCAGGCUGGUGGACUGCAGGUGAACACAACUGUCUCACCUCACCUGUCAACACACAGAGACAACAUAAGGAUACUAUUUUACAUUUUAGCAGAUGCUCUUAUCCAGAGCGACUUACAGUUAGUGAGUACAUACAUUUUCAUACUUUUUAAUACUGGCCCCCCGUGGGAAUCGAACCCACAACCCUGGCGUUGCAAACACCAUGCUCUACCAACUGAGCUACACAGGAUCUAAUUAUCUCACUAUCUCACCUAAUUAGCUACUAUCUCACCUCUCUCCUACGGCACGCUCUCUCUCUCACUCUCUCUCUCUCUCUCCCUCCACAGUGGUGGCCAUGUUCUUUUGGAUGAUGAGACUGACUUAGGCUACGUGGAGGACGGGACGCCCUGUGGGCCGUCCAUGAUGUGCCUUGACCGCAAGUGUCUGCCCAUCCAGUCCCUCAACAUGAGCGCCUGCCCCAGCGGGCCCAACAGCCAAGUGUGCUCAGCCCACGGGGUGAGUCCAGGGGAGCUGCUUCCCCCUAUAGGUGUACCCAUAUGAGCCCAUUACUGCAACCUUGAAUGCUCUAUUAUUAGCCAUAAGUGUUCACAAUGGUAUCUCCAAUUACACAGUGUCAACAAGUGACAUAUUCACUACAAUUUCAACAAGCGUGUAAAAUCUCGUCCCCAGCAUGUGGUAGCAAUUGAGCCUGGGACGUAUUCACUUGUUAAUAAUAAUAAUAAUAUGCCAUUUAGCAGAUGCUUUUAUCCAAAGCGACUUACAGUCAUGUGCGCAUACAUUUUUACAUAUGGGUGGUCCCGGGGAUUGAACCCACUACCCUGCUCUACCAAUUGAGCUACAAUGGAGCAUAGGUUAAUGAACUCCUCCCUGCCACCUCUCUUUCUCCCUCUAUCAUACCUGGCCAGGUGUGUAACAAUGAGGCGACGUGCACCUGUGACACCACAUGGGCGGGGACAGACUGCAGCAUGCCUGACCCCCCCAAGGAGCCUGCACCCUCAGAAGAUGAAGGACCCAAGGGUUUGUUUCCAUCUCGUUUUCAGAACGUCCCUAUCUCCUCUCCAUGAUAGACUAAAUAACAUGCUUUCUUGAGUACAGCCAUUCCAUUGAGUUUUGUAUAACUUUUCCAGUAUGUUAAUAUGUAAAUGUUUUUCAAGUACCCUCUUCUGUCUAAAGAUCAUAGCUACAUGUCACAGAACAUUUACACAUGUCAAUGUGAUUGAAAGGUCAUUCAAAGAUGGCGCUGGUUUUAACUAGUGUGCCUUUUAGUUCUUGUUUGUCUGUUUUCAUGUAUAAUUGUUUAAUGCUUUUUUUUACUUUUAUUGCUGUUUUUAUUGGUUUAAGUUUAAUUUAUUUAUUUCUGCUUUUAUUGCUCUUAUUGCUUUACUACCAUGUUUUAUUGUUAUUUUAUUGUUGUUUUUUAAAGUGCUAAUUGUAACAGCACUUUAAGCUGCUAUUGCUUGUAUGAAAGGUGCUAUACAAACCAAGUUUAUUAUUAUCAUUAAUAUAAUUAUAAUAACAUGGAACAGGCACACAGAUACGUCUAAUCAUUCCCAGGAGAAUAGAGAAAGAUGUUCUAGCUGAGGCCUCUAGCUGCUAAUAUCACCACGCAUCACAAAUAUAGGGAGCCUAUUGAACAUGAACACAUAGUCAUGUCUGACUAUUUCUAUUGGCAGUUAUAAGUCAGUGGAUUUCCUAGGGCUUUUGACACAGGGGGAGGGGAGGCGGAAUGGACAGUUGCCAAGAGAACGGCAUCACUCUACCUAUGUUACUGAAGCAGAACAGAAGCCUGCUGUUUGUUGUGACCAGGUGGUAAUAAUGAUAAUGCUCCUUUUCCCUCUGCGCAGUGAGCGUGGCAACUAACAGGCUGAUAGGGGCAGUAGCAGGGACCAUUCUGGCCCUGGGGGUGAUUUUUGGAGGCACAGGGUGGGGAAUAGAGUAAGCAUCUUUCUCCCUUUCCACAGCUCUUCCUCUCAUUGUGGUGCCUCAGUGUGGGGGCUGAGGGUCUCGUGACCCGGCCUGAGCCCGUGUGUGCGUCCUGGUGGCUUUGUCUCGUGUUGGUGGUGACCAUAUAAAUGUCAUGUGAUUGGAUGUUUCAGUGUCAUGUGAUUGAUCGAUGGAUUCCCCUCUUCCCACCAUUUCCUGUUGUUCCCCCAUUAUUAUUAGUCUCUCUCUUCUUCUUUUUUCCUCCUUCUUCUUCUUCUUCUUCUUCUUCCUCUUCUUCCUCUUCUUUUUAUUACUCGUCAUGUGGCUCCUCUUCUGAUCCUCUCCUUUCUGGGGCAUGUGGGGCAUGGAGAUAGACCCCAGUCAAGGGAAGUGAUCCGCAGUGAGAGAGCCUGUCUGUCAGUGGUGGGCUGUGUGGUGACUGGGACUCCCAAAGAGUGCCUUGUGGUCAUUUUCCACGAUUCACAUCCUCAUAUAGAUCACCUGUCAGAACCUUCAUGCAACCUGUCAUCGGAAGCUAAUGUGGGUUAGGGUGAGACUGUAGCUAGGUGCAUGCUACCAUAAAGGAGUAAAACAACUCAGUUUAAAAUAAUACAGUAAGAGAGGUCUAUGAUCUCCUGCGGUUUGCUAUGUGCUAACCACCAUGUGUAUUGGGACCAUUGCUCUGCCCAACUUUUCAACUUAGUGGUCUCAGUCUUUUCAUAACCUCCGCCUGUAGACAAUAGGGUCCCUGAAAUGUAGACUUGACCUUUGAAUUUACAAGCAAAGUGCUACAUCACAUCAGAUUCACAAUCACUACUACCAUGGUAACAUAUUGUAGAAGGGCCUGAUAAGCAUGCAAAAAUAUACCAUAGAGGUAAUUAGUCAGUUCAAUGGAGAUUCUCAUGCUAUGUGUUCUUGUUCUUAACAUCUGUGUAAGAUCAUCCAUGUGUAGAGAAGUGCCAUACGUGAGGCGCUCAUGUCUUUCUCCCCCGUAACCCUUCGCAGGUCCUAGUGCCACCAAUCUUAUAAUAGGUUCCAUCGCCGGAGCCAUCCUGGUGGCUGCCAUAGUGCUGGGGGGGACUGGAUGGGGCUUUAAGUAAGCAACACGCCGCAUGUCUCUCCUACCGUGACUCUGGCAUCCCUGCUGCUGCUUAUUGACACCAGGGUUUGAGCUCCUGCUACAGAAUAUAGACCCAGGGGGACACACAAAUAUACCUGAUAUGUUUGUCAGAUGAACCACACAUAGACUUACAUAGUAAGCAGUAAACACACACUUAACAUAGAUAUAUUUAAAGUAAUCUUGCCUGUGCUCAUGAUAUUGUCUUAAAGUAACUGUCCAGUGAAAACCUCACUUUUAAUAGUUCAUAUUCUGUUAACUCAUACCCAAAUAAUGUUGUUGACUCAUCCUAUACUUGUAUUUGUGGCCAAAGCAUAAAUUGGAGAAAAAAAAAACACUUCAAAAACCACACCUCAAACUAGUAUCUCAAACAGACCGUUUAAAAAAUGCUUGCUAUUUCCUCAUAGAGGAUGAUGUCAUCCUCCUGAGGAGACUCAGCUGGCCAAUCAGCAGUCUACUCGCAUGAAUAUUUUUUAGGACCAGUAUACGCCCACACCAUUCGAACACAGAAAAGCUGUUUUUUAACAGUACAAUUGGAAGGAAAACUAUUUAAUACAUAUUUCAUAGAAAUCUGGAAACAUUGGACAGUUACUUUAAAGGUCCACAAUCAGUAAUAUAGGGUGAUUAUCAUAGAGAUUAUGUUGGGGAGGUGGGGGGCAUCUGUGCGUCUGUGGCAGAACCUCAAACUGAGAAGACGGGCACAGCUCAAAGCUUGACGUGCAUGUUCAAUACAGUUACUAAACCUGCUGGUUAGGGCGGAAGGUAGCUUAGCGGUUAGAGCGUUGGGCCAGUAACAGAAAGGUUGCUGGUUCAAAUAUCUGAGCCGUUAAGGUGAAAGAUCUGUUGAUGUGUCCUUGAGCAAGGCACUUAACCCUAAUUUGCUCCAAGGGUGCUGUACUACUAUGGGUGACCCUGUAAAAUAAAACAUUUCACUGCACCUAUCUGGUGUAUGUGACAGUAAAACCUUUUGGGGGAGGAGGGGUUAGCAGAAAAAUAAUUUAAUCAGUUGUAUAAGAGCACUUGUAGACCAAACUGUUCUUACUACUAAUUUAGUCUAUGGAUUAAGAUUAUACCUCCUUGACACAUACUCUUCCAGAUUGUACAUGUCUACACUGAGUAUACCAAACAUUAGGAACAUCUUCCGAAUAUUGAGUUGCACCCCCCUUGCCCUCAGAACAGCCUCAAUUCGUCUGGGCAUGGACUCUACAAAGUGUCGAAAGCGUUCCACAGGGAUGCUAGCCCAUGUUGACUCCAAUGCUUCCCACAGUUGUGUUAAGUUGGCUGGAUGUCCUUUGGGUGGUGGACCAUUCUUGAUACACACGGGAAACUGUUGAGUGUGAAAAACCCAGCAGCAUUGCAGUUCUUGACACAAACCGGUACGCCUGGCACCUAUUACCAUACCCCGUUCAAAGGCACUUAAAUCUUUUGUCUUUCCCAUUCACCCUUGAAUAACACACAUACACAAUCCAUAUCUCAAUUGUCUCAAGGCUUAAAAAUCCUUCUUUAACCUGUUUCCUCCCCUUCAUCUACACUGAUUGAAGUGGAUUUAACAAGUGACAUCAAUAAGGGAUCAUAGCUUUCACCUGGAUUCACCUAGUCAGUCUAUGUCAUGGAAAGAGCAGGUGUUCUUAAUGUUUUGUACAUUCAGUGUAUAAUACAUAGCCAGCUAGUUUACUGUGUGAUGCAGUAUGCUAUGUUCACUAAUCUGAGGUAUCAAGUGGCAAUCGCUCACUAGUAAGCCUGCUGUCUCAAGCAACAGGGGUGUUACACACCCUAAAUCUAAAGUAGGAAAAAGAAGGAGUUGAUAAGUAUAAUACUGCAGCCACCAAAGCAUGCCAGUUAGCAAAGCAUCAUGUUUCUCACCCCAAAAAAUAUUUCUGCAUGUAGACUUGGUUGACUUGGAGAAGGUCAGUUCAUUGCACAAAGGCUGAGCCCAACUCAGGAUGACAUGCUCCUGGGUUACCAUACUCUUAUCACUACCAUAAUCUUUUUCUCAAUCUGGUACGAGGGUUCAAGGGUGAGAGUUUAAGCGGAAGUGGUGAGAGAGAAGCCAGGGCCAUAUUGUUGGCCGCAGCCUUUGUGCCAUGGCUGGCCACACCCACCUGGAUGGCCAGGCUCCGCCCUAGAGCAGAGCAGGACUCCUGGACCCGCCCACACCAGCUGCCAUUGCUGCCUGCUUCACAGACCUGGUACAGAAACGGCGCAUUGAGCUGCAUGACCCACAAAGCACAUCAAUAGAGCCACCUCCCACUGGCCUACUAUUGAAACAGGUGCAUGACAGACUGCUAGAAGCCCCACAUCAAGCCACAUUACGGGGAGGUUAUGCAUAACUCUCCUGUUGGUGUUAUCUUGUUGUUGGUGUUGUUGUCGUUGUUGUUGUUGUUGAUGUGUUGUUGUUGUCUCCUCUUUCCCCCUUUUAUAGAGUACAUUUUUGUUGUCUCUCUCUCUCUCCCCCCAGAUGGUAA